AUGGAGACUCAGCACAAGCCUUGGCUGCCCGAAGCGAUUUCCACUUCCCAUCUUGCUCUCUUUUCUCUCACAUCUAAUCCAAGCUUGGCAGCCGAUUUGCACGCUUCCCUUCUUGCCGCCGCUCGUGCUCCAGAUGACGAGACUGGUCGAGCUGCAAAGGCGCGCGUCGACUUCGCACUCAUUGAUGCGGCUAGCAUCGUAUCCGAGGCCCACCUUCACACCGCUGUUUGGCAAGCCCAGACCGCCCUGGGAAAUGGGCUGCAGAAAGCCAAGAGCAAUCAUGCAGAGGUCAUAUAUAGACUUGGCAUCAAUAAUAACGUGAGUCGCAGAACAAACGCUGGUCGUCUCUUAUUCCGUCACAUUGAACCAUUCUCUGCUGUCCUCGACCUUCCCGGAUCACAGAUAGGCGACGCUCUUCGAACGUUUGGCCUUACCCCAACCACCACGCAUCUCGUGCUCAUCCGCUUGAGUACUCCUUCCUUGCGGGUCAAGGAGGUCCUUCAGCAAAUGCAAGCGCUCGUACCUGGUGCACAACUGCUUCCUCUUCGCUCUCUCGGCCUUUUGCCCAAUCAAGACCUGAAUGCACCGUCAAUCACUGGUCGGCAACGGAUUUGCAAAGCUUACAAGCUUCAGACUACGGACCAGAAAAGCGAAUUGAGCGUGGAGGAGAGCAACAAAGUAGAGUCGCUCGUCGUUGGUGCGGUAGCAGCAAAGAGCAUCGCUGCGUGA